AUGGGCGAGGAAGAUGAGGUUACGCAUGCCAGUGCAGGCAACGAUCACUCAAAAGUAGAAGCAAAACUAGUUCUACUCAGAACGCAACGAAAUGUAUUCGAGCGCCAUAUAACUAAUCUCCACGACAAGAUAAAUUCUGAUGGUGAUAAGGAGGACGCAAGAGUACUCGAAUGCAGACUUCAAAUUUUAGAUUCGCACUAUCGUCAAUUAUGCCAAAUUCAAACGCAGAUUGAGAAUUUGCAAAGCACCGACACUGCACGAGCAUCACAAGAAGAAUUGUUUAUCGUCGCAAAGGUGAAAAUCAUGGCUUUAUUACAAGCAAAGCGUCGUCCUAGUGCACCAUCCAUGGCAGAAAGCUCCUUUAUAAAUACUACUAUGACUGCUGGAGCUGCACACCAUAACCGUUUGCCUAAGUUGAAGCUGCCAAGCUUUGACGGCAAGUAUGCAACCUUCAAAAGGUUCAAAAGCACGUUUGCAAACUUAAUACACAAUGACCCAUACAUUGCGACAAUAGAUAAAUUCAAUUAUUUAAUGAACUGUUUGUCUGGACCCGCACUAGAAGUUGUGCAGUCCUUUCAGAUAACAGAAGAUAACUACUCCAAGGCGUUGGAACGAUUGGACGCUCGAUACGACAACGACGUACUCAUCUUUUUAGAUUGCAUUUCAAGUCUUUUUGCGUUACCAACGAUGACACAACCCGAGGCGACGACGCUACAGAAACUCGUCGAUAAUGCAUCCGCUAUACGUGGAUCUCUUCUUUCCAUAGGGUCGGCCGAAGAAAUCAUGAACAACAUAAUGAUACACAUACUGCUUUCGAAGGUCGACGCCCAAACCAAAGCGAAGUACAACAAGCAGCAAGGUUUCGAUAAACUGUCCUCAUGGGAGGAUUGUUGCAACACUCUAAACCGUCGAUGUCAAUAUCUUGAGAGCCAAGGCGAUCAUCAGUCAGAUCAGCGUGGCGCAAAGCCCAAGGUUAAACAGGCAUCAACUUCAAAGACGUUUGUGACCACUAAUGCGAACUGUGUGUAUUGCAACUCACCGUCGCACUAUAUCAGCAGCUGCAAUAAAUUCAAGGAGUUAUCCUUGCAGCAACGGAUCGAUUAUGUACGCAAGGCUGGCAUAUGCUUCAACUGUCUACGAAAGACGCACUGCAUGAAAGAAUGCCAAUCAAAAUCUAGAUGCAAAAUUUGUCAAUCAGUUCAUCACACACUUCUACACAAUUUUACGCAAGGUGCCAAUUUACGAAUGCCCGUUUCUACCGCUCCAUCAAAGGUCCAAGACUCGAAUAAGGCUAUGCCCCAAUCAAGCGCCAACUGCAAUAGUCCAAAUUAG